AGUAUUUUCUCUCUUUGUAUCAUUUGUUAUUACAACAAGUACACUCAAGAAUGGCUCUCUUUAGUACUAUUCAAUUGGCCUUUGCUUUUGGCAUUCUUGGAAAUGGGGUGUCGUUCUUGGUGUACUUGUCCCCACUGCCAACUUUCUAUCGAAUAUAUAGAAGAAAAUCGACCGAAGGAUUCCAAUCUAUACCUUAUUCGGUUUCGCUUUUCAGCGCGAUGCUUUAUUUAUACUAUGCUUAUCUCAAAGAUAAUGAGAUUUUGCUUAUAACAAUUAACAGCUUUGGAACUGGUAUUGAAUUGAUAUAUCUCACUAUCUUCAUGAUAUAUGCCACCAAAGAGGCCAAGAUUUUCGCUACGAAGCUGUUGAUUAUUUUUAACGUGGUAACAUUUGGAGCAAUCGUCGUGUUGACAUAUAUAUUUGCCAAAAACAAUGAAUUACGGAUCAGCAUCGUUGGAUGGAUCUGUGCCGUCUUUUCUGUUAGCGUUUUCGCUGCUCCUCUAAGCAUUAUGAGACGUGUUAUCCAAACAAAGAGUGUUGAGUUCAUGCCAUUCCCUCUUUCUUUCUUCCUCACAAUUUGCGCUGUCAUGUGGUUUUUCUAUGGUUUAUUGAAAAAAGACAUGUACAUUGCAACGCCAAACAUUCUAGGGUUUUCAUUUGGAAUUGCACAGAUGAUAUUGUAUGCGAUCUACAGAAACAGAAAGCAACAAGUCCUACCGGACCUUAGUCUGAUUGAUCUGAAAGAAAUCGCGAUUGACAUUAAAGCAGUGGUGGUGGAAAUAAUUCAAGAAAAUGGUGAUGAUGAGAAUAAGAAUAAGAAUAAGCAAGAAGAAGUGGAUGAAAAAAAGGAUGAUAAUAAUAAGCAAGAAGUUGCACUAACAACUUCUAACGUGUGAGAAAAUUAAGUCUAAUGCACCAUAUAUAUAUAUAUAUAUUUGCCCCCUAAUAGCCAAAGGCAAGAAGGGUAAAAAAGAAUGUAAAAGGGGAGUUUAUAUAAUGUACAACAACUUCAUGCUAAUUAAUGUGUUAAUUACUUUUGUUACACUAUUUAC